CCUUACUCCAGUGCAAAUAAACCAGAAUGACCGAGUUUUUAGGUAUAUCCUGGGUUACCAACCCUCCGGCUUAAUAAUCAGGAUAAAAGCUCAUUAAUCUGCAAGUUAUUGUUGUUCUCCCUCGUCUUCAUAAGGAUGAGGCAUUUAUUGGAAGCGAAGAGAGGCCAGAAAGUGGCCACGGCAGAAGACAGAGGUCAGUAGGCGCAGGAGGACAGAGGUAAAGUCAUGGGUAGCGUGGGCCAGCCCUCAGUGGUGGUGGUGGGACCCACUACACGAGCCCGGGAGGAGGUCACUGUCUAUGUGAAGGCUGGCGUCGACGGGGAGAGGAUGGGAGCCUGUCCCUUCUGCCAGAGAGUCUUCAUGGUACUCCUCAUCAAGUCUCAACACAACCUCCUCAGAUUCAAAGUAAUCACAGUUAAUCCAGCAAAGCCUCCACCAGAAUUUAAAGUCUUGGGUUUGAAGCAUGUCCCGGCACUCAUCCAUGGAGAUGAUGGCUAUGAUGCUCUUGAUGACAUUAUUCAUUAUCUCGACACAAAUUUUCCUGGAGGUGGCCUAGAGUACAACAGCCCUGAGGCAGACCUUGCCACGAAGGACUUCUUCUCCAAGUUUUGUUUCUACAUCAAGGCAGUGAACCAAGAUCCCUCCAAACUAGACCAGGCACUAGAGAAGCUCAACCACUUCCUGGAGCACUGCACACUUAUCACUAGUGGUCUGACCAAUGGUGACACCAACCACCAGAUGAAGACUAAUAAGCAUUGUAUCCACAGGUACCUGCAUGCAGCAUACACCCACCCAGUGUUUGUCAGAACCUGCCCGUGUGACCAAGAAAUUAUUCUUCAUUGGCACGAUCGACCAGAGACACCUAAACUAUCACAUAAAAAACACUCUGUCAUUGCUAAGGAGAAGCCAAAGUAUUCAUUUGAUGUACCUGUCCAUGCUUCUGUGGUAACUGUAGUAGAUGAAUAAAUUAUUUUAAGAUGAUAAGUUAAUGCAUUUUUAAAGUCAUGGCCUCUAAGGGGCAAGGAGGACAGCUGCCUCCUACCUAGAAUUUUGAAGCAAUAAAGACUGUUUCCAUGUAACAAUAAUUAGCAUUAGCAUAUACUGAUAUGCUCUUAUAAUAAAUUAAAGCCAACCAGUGGCAUCAACCAACAGUAGUAUUAGGCUAUUUAUGCUUAUAAAUUAGGCCUAUACAUCUAGGAACUUAACCCUUUCAGGGUCGGCAGGCCCUCUCCUAAACUUGUUCUCAGGGUCGGAAAUUUUUCAAAAAAAAAAAAAAAAAAAAAAAAAACUCAUGAAAUGAUAGAGAAUCUUUUCCUGAUCAUAAUGACACCAAAAGUAUGAAAUUUGAUGGAAAACUUACGGAAUUAUGCUCUUGUGAAGUUAGCAGUUUCGACGAUGUUGACGCAUCGGCGAUUUCGCCCAUUUUGAGCCCUAUUUUCGGCCAAUUCCAACGUACCAGUCGACAAAAAUCAUAACUAUUUCGCUAGAACUCCAUUUUUUCUAUCGAAUGCGUACAAGAAACCACCCAUUUACCGAUUUCAACUAUUCAAUAAAGUGGUUCAAAAUUGGCAAUUUUGCCAAUUUCAUAAAUUUCAAAAGAUGCCAAUUUCUAAAUAGGGUCCGGAAUAAACAAGGCAGACAUUCCUGGCACUAAAAUAACAUUUCCUCUGUUCAUUAGUCACGUCCCCAGGCCUCUGUUACAUCUCUUUUGCUUUCCACUAUGAAAUUUUAUUCUCACAAAAAUAGAAGAUUUACUGUUAUGCAGACUACUGCAUUAGUGUAGAAAUGGUGUAGAAAUAGUAUAAAUAAUAUCAGCACACUUGUGAAAGAAUAUUAGACUCACCAGUUGACGUGUAUUGGACACAUGGCUUGAUUUAUUUACUUUUGAACUUUGGCAAAAAUCGAACAUUUCUGCUACUUUGAGCUCAAUUUCAAGGUACUUUUCAUUGUGAAACCAAUAAAAAUCAUGUCAAUUUUCGUAAUAUGUCUUCCAUUCUAUAAAAUGAGACCAGGAAUACUAGAAUACAACCAUAAAUACCAUACGAAAAUACACUGCAAAGUCGCUGUUUUAAACCAAAAACAUGGUUGGAGUUUUUUUUUUCUCAUUAUGCACUGUGUGCUGCAGGAUUUUUUAUACUGUGCACACUGACCACAUAGACCCAUUCUUUCAUAUAUAGACCUACCAGCUUUCUCUCGCUAGAUUUGAAGGCGCUAGAAUUUACGUGUAUUAGUAUGGCACUAACCCUGGCGUGCAAGCCGUACUAGUACGGCACCAACCCUGAAAGGGUUAAAUAAUGUAAACUGACUGAUGGACUAUUUUAUUUUUAGCAUCCAUCCCCUGCUCUGCUUGCGAAUUUGCUCAGGCUAGAGGCCAGAGUGUAGGCAGAAUACUUGUGUGAUGAGCUAUGUAUGUGUACAACAUUAUGUUUGAGCUUCAACUGAAUCUGACUGAUCUCUCUUAUUAUCUUGUAUGAUUAAAGUAAAAUUAAUUUUUGUAUAUUGUAAUUAGAAAAGAAGAGCUUAGCUGUAAUUCUCCAAAUGAAAUUAUACUCACCAGUAAAAUACCAGAUGCAUUAUUAUUAUAAAACAUAAAAUUAAAGUUCAAUAAAUAAAAGAGAGAGAGAGAGAGAGAGAGAAA